CUUCAAAGUUUUCUCUUUUUUCUCUCCUCUUUGAAAAAGUUGAAAUCUUUUUAAGUUUAUUUUCAAGAAUAUUAUUGAAGAUACAAGAUGUUGGAAAAUCAAGAUUUGGGAUUGAGUUUGAGUCUUAGUUUUCCAGAAAAUAAAACAACAAAUUCAUUGCAGCUGAAUUUGUUCUCUUCUUUGGCUUCUACAACUUCUCCUUCUAGUCUUUCACAUUUCAAUUUAUUUCAAAGAAAUUCUUGGACUGAUUCUAUUCCCUCUUCAGAUCGGAACUUGGAGACAUGCAGAACUUUUUUAAAGGGAAUAGAUGUGAACAGAAUACCAACAAUUACAGAUACAGAAGAAGAAGAAGGUGGAGUUUCUUCACCAAAUAGUACUAUUUCAAGUUUGAGUGGAAAUAAGAGAAAUGAAAGAGAAAUAAAUUGUGAGGAAGAAUUGGAUUGUUGUAGAGGUAUUAGUGAUGAAGAAGAUGGAGAAACUUGUAGAAAAAAACUAAGGCUUACUAAAGAUCAAUCUGCUGUUCUUGAAGAGAGUUUUAAAGAACACAACACUCUCAACCCUAAGCAAAAGCAAGCUUUGGCAAAGAGACUGGGGUUGAGGCCUAGGCAAGUGGAGGUUUGGUUUCAAAACAGAAGGGCAAGGACAAAGUUGAAGCAAACUGAAGUAGACUGUGAAUUCUUGAAGAGAUGUUGUGAGAAUCUAACUGAAGAAAACAGGAGAUUACAAAAGGAAGUUCAAGAGUUAAGGGCACUAAAGCUAUCACCUCAAUUUUACAUGCAAAUGACCCCUCCCACCACCCUCACCAUGUGCCCGUCAUGUGAGCGUGUCGCGGGCCCACCAACUCCAUCCCCGUCAGGGCCCACAAAUGUCGACCCUCGAGCCCACCAAAUGGGCCUGGCCCAACAACAACGGCCGAUGCCAUUUAAUCUUUGGGCCACCUCUCCCGUCCCGCACAGGCCCAUCAAUGCCCUAAACCCUAGAUCGUGAUUUUGCCAUCGACGGAAGGGUAAUUUGGUCAUUGGGUUGAUAUACUAAUCUUGGAAAAUCCCAGCAACAUGAUGUGUAUGUAUGAAAAUAGGUCUAAGAUAUGGUUUGUUUAGAUAUGAAGGAUUUGGUGGGUCUCAAAAAUUCUUGGUUUUAUUUUGGACCCAUCUUUUUCUUGUAUUGACCAGCUAGUGUAGUCAUUUUACUCUUUUUAGUAAUAGUAGUUUCAUAUUCCCCAUUAUAAGUUUCAAAUGGUGGGGACUAAAGACUAGAGAAGAGGACUUUUGAUGCAAAGCAAUCAAGUGACACCCAAUUGCGUGAAA